UUUGAUAGAUGCGAUCGUGAUUUGAGCUUGGGGGUCUUAGUGAUGGAUGUGACAUACUGUGACAUGAUCUCUGGUCGUCAUUUGGAACACGUCAGUAGUGCUCGCUUCUUGGUCUUCACCGUCACGUGACCAGGCCACAGUGAACGCGUACAGUAAUCUAUGCUCACCUGGGACUCCUGACAGCUGCAGGCAACAUAUGCGAAUCGUUUUCAUGAGUUUGCGCCAACGAGUAACUCAGAGCUUACGUGUGCAGGGAAACGGUCCCGUGAAACUUCGACCCUGACUCCCUCAGUUUUGCUUGUGUCCCACAUCUCUGAUUCAUGCCUCCCUGCACCGAGUGUGGCACACUCUUUCAUGGUCUUAUCUCUAACCGCCCGUGCAACAACUGCACUCAGAUCAGUCUCAACACCUCACAAAUCGAGUGCGCGACGAUCCAGACAUGCCGUUUGUUCCGUAGAUAGCUUCGAUCAGUGUUCUUCGCCACCAUCGCAACACGCUUAUCAGAGCAUUGCCACCAAUUCCCCUGCCUAGGGCCAUCCCGGUGGGCCUGGGUUUGGGCACGCGGCAAGGGAUUGA